GGGCGGCAGCUGACGCCACCCGGGCCCGAAAAGCCCAGCCCCGGUGGCGGGCGCGACACUGACCGCGGGGCCAGGCCGAGACCCGAAGGACCGAGGCUUCCGGACGACCAGGAACCGCCCAACAUGGCCUCGGAGAGCGGGAAGCUGUGGGGUGGCCGGUUUGUGGGUGCAGUGGACCCCAUCAUGGAGAAGUUCAACGCAUCCAUCACCUACGACCGGCAGCUGUGGGAGGUGGAUGUUCAAGGCAGUAAAGCCUACAGCAAGGGCCUGGAGAAGGCAGGGCUCCUCACCAAGGCCGAGAUGGACCAGAUACUCCAUGGCCUAGACAAGGUGGCUGAGGAGUGGGCCCAGGGCACCUUCAAGCUCAACCCCAAUGAUGAGGACAUCCACACAGCCAACGAGCGCCGCCUGAAGGAGCUCAUUGGCGAAACCGCAGGGAAGCUGCACACGGGACGCAGCCGGAAUGACCAGGUGGUCACGGACCUCAGGCUGUGGAUGCGGCAGACCUGCUCCAUGCUCUCGGGCCUCCUCUGGGAGCUCAUCAGGACCAUGGUGGAUCGGGCAGAGGCGGAAUGUGACGUCCUCUUCCCAGGGUACACCCACCUGCAGAGGGCCCAACCCAUCCGCUGGAGCCACUGGAUUCUGAGCCACGCCGUGGCGCUGACCCGAGACUCCGAGCGGCUGCUGGAGGUGCGGAAGCGGAUCGAUGUCCUGCCCCUGGGGAGCGGGGCCAUUGCAGGCAAUCCCCUGGGUGUGGACCGAGAGCUGCUCCGAGCAGAACUCAGCUUCGGGGCCAUCACUCUCAACAGCAUGGAUGCCACCAGCGAGCGUGACUUUGUGGCCGAGUUCCUGUUCUGGGCUUCGCUGUGUGUGACCCAUCUCAGCAGGAUGGCCGAGGACCUCAUCCUGUAUGGCACCAAGGAAUUCGGCUUCGUGCAGCUCUCGGAUGCCUACAGCACCGGAAGCAGCCUGAUGCCCCAGAAGAAAAACCCCGACAGCUUGGAGCUGAUCCGGAGCAAGGCUGGGCGCGUGUUUGGGCGGUGCGCCGGGCUCCUGAUGACCCUCAAGGGACUUCCCAGCACCUACAACAAAGACCUACAGGAGGACAAGGAAGCUGUGUUUGAAGUGUCAGACACCAUGAGUGCUGUGCUCCAGGUGGCCACUGGCGUCAUCUCUACGCUGCAGAUGCCAUUCCGCCAGGCCCACGAGGCCUCCGGGAAAGCCGUGUUCAUGGCUGAGACCAAGGGGGUCGCCCUCAACCAGCUGUCACUGCAGGAGCUGCAGACCAUCAGCCCCCUGUUCUUGAGUGACGUGAACCGCGUGUGGGACUACGGGCACAGCGUGGAGCAGUACGGGGCCCUGGGCGGCACUGCGCGCUCCAGCGUCGACUGGCAGAUCCGCCAGGUGCGGGCGCUACUGCAGGCACAGCAGGCCUAGGUCCUUCUGCGCCUGCUCCCAAAUAAAGUGAGCGUGAGAGGACGCGGCUGUGUGUUUCCUGCCCCAGCCUGGCGCCCUCGAAGCUGAGCUUUCCGGGACUGGCCCGUGGGCAUGGUGAGGGACUGGAAAGGCAGGACGGGGUGGCCUGUAAUCCCAGCACUUUGGAAGGGCAAGGGUAAGGAUGCUUGAGGCCAGGAGAUCAAGAUCAGCCUGGGCAACACAGGGAGACCCCGUCUCUACCCAGCAAUAAAGCAAAUAAUCAGCCUGGCGUGGCAGUGUAUGUCUAUAGUCCCAGAUACUUGUCAAGCUGAGGCAAGAGGAUCACUCGCGCCCAGGGGUGGAGGCUGCGGUGAGCUAUGGUCACGCCACUGCAUUCUAGCCUGGACAACAGGGAGACCCUGUCUCUCAAAAAACAAAU